AGGAACUUGAUUCAUUUGCGAAGGUGACCGCGCUUUCGUGUGCGCUGCGGCAUAAAUUUCCGGGCUGUUUUGUUGUCGAGGACUCCUCGUAGUGUUGUUGCGCGCAUAGCGUGUGGCGUAACUCCAAAACACACACACACACACAGAGAGAAGGAGGUAAAAGGAAAGCUACGCUUCUUUUUCAGAUGCAGUUUCCCACUGGCGCUCUCUGCAGCCGAGCCCUCUUUGUUUUCUCUAUCGUUUCUAGUUUGAAUUUUCAGAAACGCUCUCAGGGUUUUUUCAUAACCGCUCUUCAGCACGAUGGGCCUUUCUUCGUGGGUGGACAAUUCGAGCAUCCGCACACUGCUCUUUUACGGGGCGAUGGUGCGAUUUGUUCUCCUCGUUUACUCCGCCUUCCAUGAUCAUUUCUUCCGCGUGAAGUACACCGACAUCGACUACAUGAUUGUUGUGGACGGUGCGCGAGAGAUGCUGCACGGCGGCUCCCCGUUUGAUCGGACAACCUACCGCUACACCCCGCUGCUCGCAGUGCUUGCUCUGCCCGCCGCCCUCGUGGCCAACCCGCUCGGCAAAGUUGUCUUCACUUUGAGCGACCUCGGCGCGGCCUACUACUGCUACUCCAUUCUGCAGCGGUACGCAACGCCGCGCAGUGCGAAGUGGAUGGUGAUGAUUUUUGUUCUCUUCAACCCCGUCGUACUGAACGUUUCUACGCGCGGCAACAGCGACAUGUUGGUCUCCUUCAUGAGCAUGGGCGUGCUCGCGAAGUUCGCGGAGGGUCGCACCUUCAUGGCAGCCGCGAUUCUCGGCUUCGCGGUGCACUUCAAAAUUUACCCGAUCAUCUACGCUCUACCGCUGGUAUUGGGAGUGUGGGAGCGGGCUUCGCAGAGCCGCGUCGCACCUCGUCUUCUCCACUGUGCGCCGAUCGUCGUUGGUUGUGGUGUCUGCUUCACCGUCGCCUUUGCCAUCCCUACGUAUCUGUGCUACGUCUGGUACGGCCAGCAGUACCUGGAUGAGGCGUUCCUCUACCACGUCCACCGCGAGGACCACCGCCACAACUUCUCUCCUUACUGGCUGCUCAUGUACCUGAACAUGGGCCGGCGUGACCUGGGCGUCGGCGUGGACUACUCCGCCGGACUCUUUGCCUUUUUGCCGCAGUUUGCCGUGCUCUUCUACGCGUCGUGGAAGCUGCGUAAGAACAUCGCGCACGCGUGCUGUGUUGAGACGAUUUUGUUUGUCGCCUUCAACAAGGUGUGCACCGUGCAGUACUUUGUGUGGUUCCUGCCUUUUCUUGGCUUUGUGUUCUGCGAUCCGUUGCAGCCGAAGCUGCUGACGAACAUGGCCGUUGUGCCGAAGUCAGAGCGGGGGUCGAUUUGGUGGUCCGUGGCGAUUAUGCUUGCGUGGAGCGCGACCAUCCCGCUGUGGGUGUGGGUGGCGUAUCCGCUUGAGUUUGAGGGAAAGAACCACUACGGCCGCCUGUGGAUUGUUUCGUGCGUUUUUUAUCUUGCAACGGUGGGUCUCGCCGCGUGGCUGGGGCGGGUGUGCUACCGCACAAACAUGAGAAUUGUCGCGAAGGACGUGAACCCAUCCCGGAAACAAAUAUGA